GUGUCUCCCCACCACUAGGCAACAGUGAGCGCAUCACUUGAUAUGCAAAAGUGCGCAGGAGCCGAGCAAAGAAACCGGAGCUAAAGAAAGGGACAUAAGCAGCCAAAAAAAAAAUUAAUCUGUUGGAUUUUUUUUAUACAAGCAGAGCAACUAACAACCACUCGAUGCCUCCAUAAGAAGGAAUGGAACAGCCGUGGCCAUAAACGCACCAAAAUGACAACAACGGGACGGUGAUUCUCUUCCUCUAGUCAAGCUGAAUAUUUAUAAUUUGUUUUUUAUUUAUUAUUACCAUAUACUCGGAGUUUGUCUCAUGUGCGCGCGGAGCAUCAAGACACGGACUAGGAAAUUAUCUCCAACGCAAUCGCCAGUGCGCGCAGGGAGGUUUCAUUUAAUUGAAUCUGAUAAUUAGGCAGAGGCGUUUACAUUUUCUACAGAGCGGAUUUAAGUUUCAGAUGAAAACUUACUAUGUAAGUGCGACUCCCGAACUAUCAGGUUAAAGCCUCAGCCUCCAAAGGGUGAGAGAUGAGUGAUCCACGACGCAGCGACCGAUGAAGCUGUAAAACCUGGACUGCGACUGGCGCGUUUGGAUACCCAACCCUUAAGAGCCGAUUGAAUCCUGUUUAUUUUUAUUUAUUUAUUUCUGAUGGCUGGUAUUAAGAUUUUAUGACUAUAAAGAGUAGAGUGUGGGGAAAGAGGACAUAGAAGUCUAAUAACAAAGGAGGUAAAGAUAUCUCACUUUCCUAAAGAGGGGACAUUGCGCACGGCUGCAGCAACUACCAGACUUUUUUAUUGUAUUUUUUUUUAAAGAACAUUGAAUCCUUUGGUAUUUCUUUUUUGUCAGCGUAGUAUGUCUGCACUUCGAAAGAAAUUUGGGGACGAUUAUCAGGUAGUGACCACCUCCUCCAGCGGGUCCGGAUUCAAUCAGCCUCCCCCGGAGAAAAAGAGGAAGAGGCAGCGCUUCGUGGACAAGAACGGACGAUGCAACGUCCAGCAUGGGAACCUGGGCGGUGAGACCAGCAGAUACCUCUCGGACUUGUUCACCACGCUAGUAGACUUGAAAUGGCGCUGGAACCUGUUCAUCUUCAUCCUCACCUACACGGUGGCUUGGCUCUUCAUGGCCUCCAUGUGGUGGCUCAUCGCCUACAUCAGAGGAGACCUUAAUAAAGCGCACAACGACAAGUACACUCCGUGCGUGGCCAACGUGUACAACUUUCCCUCUGCUUUCCUGUUCUUCAUAGAGACCGAGGCUACCAUAGGGUACGGCUACAGAUACAUUACAGACAAAUGUCCCGAGGGGAUCAUACUGUUUCUCUUCCAGUCCAUCCUCGGAUCGAUCGUCGACGCGUUCCUGAUCGGCUGCAUGUUUAUCAAGAUGUCUCAACCCAAGAAGAGGGCCGAGACGCUGAUGUUCAGCGAGCAUGCGGCGAUCUCCAUGCGUGAUGGGAAACUCACUCUGAUGUUCAGGGUGGGAAACUUGCGUAACAGCCAUAUGGUCUCUGCACAGAUCCGCUGCAAAUUGCUGAAAUCUCGUCAGACUCCUGAAGGUGAGUUUCUUCCAUUGGAUCAGCUGGAGCUGGAUGUGGGUUUCAGCACCGGGGCCGACCAACUCUUCCUCGUCUCGCCGCUCACAAUCUGCCAUGUGAUUGACACCAAAAGCCCCUUUUACGACCUCUCGCAAAGGUCCAUGCAAACGGAGCAGUUUGAAAUUGUGGUGAUACUAGAAGGCAUCGUGGAGACCACGGGGAUGACCUGCCAGGCAAGGACAUCAUACACAGAGGAUGAGGUUCUCUGGGGACACCGCUUCUUCCCUGUCAUCUCCUUGGAGGAAGGCUUCUUCAAGGUGGACUAUUCUCAGUUUCAUGCCACGUUCGAGGUUCCCACUCCUUCUUAUAGUGUGAAGGAGCAGGAGGAAGCCCUUCUCCUGUCCUCGCCCCUCAUGGCACCAUCGUUGUGCAACAGCGGGGAGAAAAACAGCUCCCUGGACUGCCUGGAGACUCUGGAGGACAAUGACAGCACCACCAAGCUGCCUACCAAGUUGCAGAAGAUAACAGGCCGGGAUGGUCUACCCAAAAAGCUGCUGAGGAUGAGCUCCACCACCUCAGAGAUGACUUACAGCUUCGGAGACCUGCCCAUGAAGCUUCAGCGAAUCAGUUCAGUGCCUGGUGUCUCUGAUGAUAAACAGGCGGGGAAGGCCUCCAAGAUCAGCACAGAGCCCAUCAGUAAGUCUGUGGCAGACUUGCCCCCAAAGCUGCAGCGACUGGCUGGGGGAGGGGGAAGGAUGGACGGACACUUGCCGCCUAAACUUAGAAAAAUGAACUCAGAUCGCUUUACAUAAAGCAUGUGACAAAUUUUAGCUCCUGCUAUCCUUUUUUUUUUUUUAACCUGAAAUCCUUGUACUAUUCUGUAUUUAUUAACAGACAAUAUUCUUAUAUUAAAGGAGCUGUAAAAUUUGUGCACAAAUACCUUAUAUACAAAAGGGGGGAUGCAAAUGAGCACAUUUAUCCCUGGAUGUAAGUGUUUUUGCUCAAAUGAGAGAACUCAGAUUUCUUUAUUUUUCUUUCUCUUUCUUAUAAUUUCUUCUUUUUUAGUACGAUGUACAAUUAGCACAAUUUGGCAUGUAAGAAGCAGCGCAUGUAGAACCUAUUUUCAGUUUCUGGCAUGACAAUUUGUUGAUUUCACAGAACAAAACAAAAAACCAAAAAACAAACCAAAAAAAACAUUUCAUUGAUGAAAUUACAGACAGUGGACAAUUGCACAAAGCCAUACGAUUUACACCACUGGAAACCAACAUUACAUUGGUUCUAUUCUGUAGUGAAGAAAGGCACAUAUGUUUGUUUUGAGUUACUUGCUUUUGUUGUUUACUGUAAAACCGUGGCAAUGUUACGUUGGUUGCAUGCUCUUCUUACUGACUUAGCUAUAAAAAGGUAAUAGACACAGAUGUUUAGCCUUAAUUAUAUUACCUUGUUUCCAUUUUUCAUGUUUGUUCACGGCCGUAUUUUUGGUAUUUCAUAUACAGACUAUUUUAUCAUGUGCAGUUUUAAGAUUUUAUCUGAUCAAAUACAAAAAGUGCUGCUAGAUAAUGCGUACUAUAUUUACAAAUGCAUUAUCAGCAACCUGGGCACAACAAUACACAAUUUUCAUUUAGUAUUAAAGUAACACUUAAGUUGAAAUAUUCCAUAGCUGUAACUGAUAAGCACAAACAAUCAUGAAUCCCUAAAAAAAAUAAAACAAAUAAAAAUUAUUUUCUCAUCAUAUACUAAAAUGCAACCUUCAGUAAGCCAGUAGUGCUUUCACAAAAGCACCACUGAACUUUCAACUUAGGUGUUACUUAUUAGAUUUGGUGGCGCUGUAAAAGAAAUAGGUACUAUAUCUUUGUUUUAGGGACCAUUUUAUUCCUCCUCUGUGAUGAAAGCAAUAAUAUUAGAAAAACAACAACCUAUAGCCACAGGGUCUACCAAAGCCCCUAUGAUUGUUCUGUUUACUUGAUCUGUGCCAUGAAAUCUGGUUUUCUCUAAAUGCAUCAAAGACAUUGUAUGAUAACUGAUCUCUUCAGGAAUAAAGAUCUAAUGUAACAAUUUAGAA